GAUUGGCUUCAAACAAAUCGGUGAUAUCAUGUGUUUGUGGCAGAAAAUGGUAUGGUGUGGUUUUGAUUUCAGUGUUUGCUUCAUAAAUUUAGCUUGAAAUUGUUGGUAAAGCUGUAUUCCCUACUCUUCCAAUUAAAUCUUCCAAAUGGCUCCUGAACGGCCAGGCUCCUCCCAGAGCGAGACUGCUCCUCUACCCCCGCGCAUGUCGGUUCCCGGAAGUCCAAUUGCCCUUACGCCCGCGCAUCACGCGCAAUCGCCCAUAUCUAUUUUAUUAGCGGUUGCACAGAGCCAAAAGGGCCCUGAUGAUGAUCUCACUAGCUUAUCCUGGCUGCAUGAGGGAGAUAUUUUGAAAGGUAUGAAUAUAAAUACAUCGCCUUUGAACAGUACGACCUCUACUCCCAUAAAAAGUACACUGUCUUUCCUUCCGGACCAAUCGCCGACAAGCGACUAUGUAGAUGACUCUUCCAUUAGUACUCCAGAGUCUUCCACAUACAGUGCUAUUAACUCACCUACUCCUAGAGGGCAAAACUAUUACUCAGGAAAUCAGAGUAACAACAAUACUACUAGCAGUAACAACAAUCAGGACGCCAACAAUUCAAAUCUUAGACACAACUCUAAUUUACCUUACGACCCAUUGGUUCAUGUUCAUAGCAAACCUCCUUACUCAUUUUCUUGUCUUAUCUUUAUGGCUAUAGAAGACUCCAAGCAAAAGGCUCUUCCAGUAAAAGAGAUUUACGCCUGGAUUCUAGAUCAUUUUCCAUAUUUCAAAAAUGCUCCCACCGGAUGGAAGAAUAGCGUAAGACAUAAUUUGUCUUUGAAUAAGUGCUUCCAGAAGGUAGAGAAGGCGCCAGUAAGUAACAAAAAUUUGGGAAAAGGUUCCCUAUGGACUGUUGAUCCACAAUACAGAUCAAAUCUACAGCAGGCAUUAAACCGAUCUCCUUUCCACCCUUGUUCUACAAUCGAUCCAAGUGUAUACCAAUUACCAGCCAAAACAUCCCUUAAAGAUGAUAAGUCUGGAGUUGUGAAUAGAGCGCAGAAUAGUCCCAAUCCUGACUUAUUUCCAUUUCUAAGCAAGAAGUUGGCUGGCAAUGGUGUUGUCGAAAGCAGGGCAAAAGUUAAAAGUGAACCGGAGGAGUCAUUGGAUGCAGUUGACGCAGCAGCAGUAAUGCUUACCCUUAAGCAUGCAACCAGGAUUAAUAUUUGGCCGGACAUGCAGGUUAUAACAACGUCCCCAAGUCAAGAUCAUACUUACAGUGCUGCUGAUGGCGAAAAUGAAGAUGAAGCAUUUGAAAGCGACGAGGACAAAUGUAAAACAAAAAACGCUCGCCGAAAAAUAGACUUUGAAGACGACGAAGAAAGAAGAAUAAAAGAGGGCGCCGAAACUUUGCUAAAUUUGGCUGGAAUUGCUACAUUUAAAAGGUCAAUAAUGAACAACAGCAACUAUGAACCGCAACCAAAAAUGGCCCGUUGCACAAAUAAUUACGAGAGUAUGACGGAAACCAGUGCAUCGGGAGAGGAGGAGCCGCGGUUUGUACCGUUCAAGCCCAGAUUAUUGCGAACAAAAAGGAAGGAAAACUCUUCCCCGAAAAAACUUUUUAACAAUAACCAGGACGAGUGGUUGAAACAUCGGCGUGAACUUGACAUAAAUCAGUCGAGGUAAUAAAGAGUGAUAAAUCGUAGUAGAUUUGAUUUUUUAGAUAAAUAUUUGUGGUUAAAAAAAUUUUCCUUAAAAAGGUAUUUUUGAUUGUACAUAUUUAAUGCUUUAUUGAUUUCUAUGGGCAUUUUGUAAAAUGUUUUUUGAAAUGGCGUCCUUACAGUUUCACCCAUUUUUAAAGAAAGUAGCAUGUAUAAGAUCAAAUAAAUCUGCGGUUUUAUUUAAAAUCGCCCACGAUACUACUUGCAUUAGAAUUCGAUCUUUUAAGGUGCUAAAUUUUUUAAAAUUACAUCAAUGAUUUAAUUCAAGGGCUGGAGUUGCCUUGAGAUUUUUUGACUGCUGUUUAUUUGGUUGGUAUGGUCUAUAUAUGUCAAUUUGAUAUAUUGUCAAUUUGGGUCAUUGGUCAAAUUCGAUAAGAGUAUAAAAGAAGGCAUCUUACAAUUAGUUAUCAUCUUCUCCCGAAGAUGAUAACUUCGUUAGCGAAACACGUGUCGGAAAUAAUAUAUAGAUUUUUGGUUAGAGGUAAAACUGUUUUGUGACAUGAAUAAAAUGAGAAUUUACAAGCUAAAAAAAUGACAACUUACAACCUAAAAUAUAACAUCUUUGCAAAUAAGUCUGCUAUAUUACAUAUUUGCAAUACAAUUUUAUAAAAUCUUUAUUGGGAGUUCAAUUAACAUUUAUCAAACGGUGAUGGAUUUUAGAAUAUCCUGAUUUUUUGUGUGUUUUCGUUGGUGUUUUAAUUUUAUUGUUUUAACGUUUAUAUAUUUUUUUAUUUACUACGUUUUAUUGAUUUUGCCCCAUUUUAUUAAAUUAUAUUUAAUCGCUUAAUAUGUUUUUAUCAUAAAAUAUGGUAUAAAGGAAUGAUUAUUUAUUUAGUUACUUUUGAUAUUUAUGUUUUAUCUGUUGCUUUAUACGUAGGCAUAUAAUUAUAUAGCGCACUAGUUUUGUUCAUUCUAUUUGGGUCUUCUAAUAAAAUAUGUAGAGUAAAGCGGGGAAAUAUGGCAACAUAAAUGUCAAUCGCUCACAUUCUGACCUCCAUCGGACCUACUCGCAAUACGAACACUGAACCUUAGAGCGUACCCAUGUAGGUUUGCGACGUGAAAACUCUCGUUGCCAUAUUCUCGUCGUCAGAAAGAGUAUAAUCAUAAAUGUCCAAUGAUACGGUAUUGCCAUAUUACCCGCACCCAUGGGUAAUAUGGAUGGCAUCUACCUCAGGGUAAUAUGGCAACAUGUUUUCGUUAUGUAAAAAUUGGGAAUUAGGAGUUUUUUUUUAAUAAAAAAUGCUAAUGAUCCCAAAAACAAAAACUUAUAUCUAAUGAAAGAAGUCAAAUACAAAACAUGAAAACUUAUUAAUAUAAUUCCUAGUGGCUACUAGUAGAUAUCCUCUAAUUUAACUGUUUCUUUAAGCAAAUUCGGAUAAUGGCGUACAUUCUUCGCAAAAUCUGUCAGAUCUCGUACAUAUCUCAUGCAUCCAUUUCAUACAUGUCACGCACUGAAGCCAGUCGCAUUUGGGACCUUUUUUGUCGUAAAAUGAUCCAUGACAUUGUGCGCAAAAUUCUGAUUCAUCAAUAUCGACUUCGGAUUCGCCCCUUUUCUGCGUUACUACUUCUGUUUCGGUAUCUGACGAAGAAGGGCUUGGUAGUUCUUUGGUUUUCUUCUUUGGUAUCCCGGUUUUCUUCGUUUUCUUAAUAUUUUGUAUUUUUUUCCGUUCUUCUUUUUGUUUUAAUUUUCUGUUCUUUUCUUCUUUCUUUGCCCGUUUUGCAAAAAUUGUUUCUGGUGAAGUUAGUAUCUCGGCAUGUUGUUUCCGUUUAUAGCCACUUGGUCCUGGUUCGACGCGUGCAACCGGUAAAAUUGCUUCAAAGAGAUUCGUAUCUUCAGGUUCCUCAACCGCAGUGACAUUACCUGGUCUGGGCAGAGAAAAACAAACCACCGAGAAGCGACAAAACCCUCAUUUACCGUUGAUUUUCUGGGGUCUAAUUUUGGUGCCCUUGAGCGGGCUUAAAUGACUGGCGCUACAUAUAAAGUAACGGAGAAAAAUCGUUAUGGCAAUUUAAUAGUUCCGUACACGGAGAGAAAUAUGACAAUUAAUAGAUUAAAAAUUUUAUUGGGAAUUUGAAAUCAAAACUAUUACAUUAUUUUACUGUUGGUAUAGUUAAGUUAUAGGUAUACCUAAACUAUACCUGGUGACACAGGAAAAAGGGACCACGCAACAACUUUUUUAUUUUUCAAGAUAAACAAAUGUAUGAAAAAAUAUACUGGGUGUCCCAUUUAAAAUAAGAAAGUUCGUGUCAUUUCCGGUUCAACCGGAAGUGAUCAAAAACAAUUGAAUACGUCAAAAUAUGCCUUUAUAACCAUUCUAUUGACAUACCAAAUUUAAUUUGUUUACCUUGAAAAAUAAAAAAGUUAUUGCGUGUUCCCUUUUUCCUGUGUCACCCGGUAUAGUGCCAACUAUAAAAAUGACCAUUUAGCAAUAAUUAAAUUAAACGUCUUAGUUCUGUCAUAAGGAGAAUUUUUUUCGGCAAUACUUUGCUGGGCCAACGUUGCUGGUUUCAUAAUUGCAGGCUGUAUUAAAAUAUCUAAAAAGAAGAAAUAAAAUAGAUACAAAAUAUAUUUUUAUGUGCAAAAUAGGGUUUCAAGCAUAAAAUUAAUAUUAGUUAGUAGGUAAAAAUUAUAGUAAGUUAACUCAUCAUAAGCUAACCUGAUAGAAUUUUUAUGUCCUUUUCCUUUGAGACUUUUUUUGGCGGUCCAUCCUCAAGCUGUUCACCUUCACAAGUCCUUUUUGUGGGAUUAGGAAAUAAUGUUGGUAACGCGUUAGGUAACAAACGCUUUCUUGAGGGCCCUGCACUAUAAAACUUCUCAUCAAAAUGGUACUCACAAAGCUUAUAGUUCCUGGUUAUUUGUUCUCUAGGUAUCGAAAACAAGUCUGUUCUAUAGCAAGCUGCCAGCCAUAACUUGGCACUGAAAGUCAUAAAAUUACACGUUUAAUUCAAAAGCUAAAUUUAUGUAUUUUUUUUUAAUUACUGCAUAGAUAAAUACCUCUAAUUACUGUAAUUACGAAUUUAAUAAAAAAUAAAUAAUGAAUUACUGUAAUUACGAAAAACAAAAAAAGAAACAACUUAUUUUGAGUGGAAACAAUUAAAAGAAAAGUUGAACUUACCGAUCUUCUUCCUGCGGAAAAGCAAAGAAAGAAACCACACCCUGUCUUUGAAUGACAUCCACGAAAAGCACAGGUAUAAGGCAUAUUAUAAAAGUUUUUAAUAAAAUAAAGGCACAAUGACAACACACACAAAAAAUAAACACAGAGAAAAAUUCAGGCAACACUUGACUAGACUAAAGUGGGCGUCGAAUAUUACCGGACUAACCGACGGCUGGGAGGGGACCGGCAAUAAGACAGGUAUACCAAAUAAGCUCACACAUGCGCAAGAAAAAUCGGUCCCGGCUUUGUCCCUUCUCGGUGGUUUGUUUUUCUCUGGUCUGGGAUCAUUCUCCUCCUCACUGGAAAUCUCUUCUGGGUUAAGACUAUCUUCAACCGAUGGUUCGUCGUUAACCAUAAAAGCAUAAUCGGGAAUUUUGAUUGAAGUUUGAGCCCAAUAAGCUUUCAACGGCUUAAAGAAAGAGCGAUCAAACGGUUGGAGCCAAUGAGUGGUGUAGCUGGGCAAACAAAACAGGAUCACGUCAUUCGCUACAGCUAAAUCUAACAGUUCGACAUUGGAACAGUGCGAGGAAUGUCCAUCCAUAAUUAAUAAAACCUUACCGGUACCUUUCCGCGGAAUAAAAAAGUCUUUAAACCAUUGAAAGAAAAUUUCAGAUGUGACAUAAGCUGACUUCGCCCAUAACAACCUUGCCGCCAGGUGGUAGGCCAUCUUCUAAUUCCCGUUUUCUAUUUUUGCCCUUAAAUAUGCAGCAGGGUGGGAAAAAAGUUCCUUCUGCGUUUACACAGGUUAUAACGGAAAUAGUUUCUCCUUUUUCAGCGCUUGUGAUACAAUUUGCCAUUUUAGCGCCUUUUGUUACCACAGCUUUGCCUGGAUUGUUAUUCAAUUGCAAUACUGUUUCAUCGAGAUUAAAAAUCUUUUAUGGGGCAUUCAAUAAAUUAUUUUCUUUAAGAACGUUUCCCAGUAAUUCAAAAUAUUCUGUACAUUCUUGUUUUGUCAUGCCCUUGGCCCUGGCAGUAGACAUACCUUGAGCCUUACGAACGGCCAGUACAGGGUGUCUUCUCAUAAAGGCUAGAAACCAGUCUUGUCCUGCCAUUUUCCGUUCAGUAUUGCAUUUAUGUGGAUUAUUUUGUUGGACCACAAAAGAAUAAGCAAGCUGUCUUAUAUCAUGAGCAGUUAAAGCAAAGCCGUAAAAUGCCAUGUUUUGUAUAUAUUUGGCUAAAUUUGCUUCUUGUUCCAUAGUAAGUGAGCCUUUGCGACCUAAUGCCAUCUUAUCCAAAUUUCCGGAACGCAUUCUUCUCAUUAAGGUUCUAACUGGAACAUUAUAAGUACGACUUAUUUCCCGAACCGACCCUUUGCCUGCACGAAUAUCACUUACUGCAUUUCGAAGAUCUACUUUUGCCCAUGGGGCUCUUCUAUUUUUCCGAAUAUAAGAACGUGGCAUUGUGUUUAUCUGGAAUGAUAAAAAAAUACGAAUCACCAUGAGCUAUACCUAUCAAAAAAGUACUUGGGGUAAUAUGCCGCACUUGCAUUUUCAUGCGGCAUAUUACCCCACGGUGCAACACCAACGUUUCAACUGAAAAGCAAAAACCCGGUGUAAAUACGGUCAGCGGCGAAGGUGUUAAAUGUUAGGUUAUGAAUCUCACCUCGCCACAGCAACGUGGAUUAUUUCAAUCGGAUCACAAAAACUUUUAAAAACUCCUACCAUAUAUCGUAUAAAAAUAAUUUUUGGUGGGUACUUACCAGUUUUUGGGAUUUAUCGUGCACUAAAUGAUAAAAAUUAUAGGAAAUCAGUAAACAGGUAGUUGACUACGUUAAUGUCGACAGGUUACUAUGGUAGUGCGACGGCGUAACCGCCAGAGUGAGCUAUGAGCGAACUGAGGCAUAUUACACGAUGCGGCAUAUUCCCCCGCUUUACUCUAAUACAUUAACAUAUUUUUGUAUCAUGAAAGGUCGAAAAGUGGGCAGUUUUAAAUAAAACCUUCAGUUUUAUUUGUUUAUAUAUCUUCUACUUCUUUUUCAAAUUGUGCAAAAUUCUAUUAAUUAUCUUUAUUAAUUUCUUAUACUUAUACAUUGCAUUUGCAUUUGAAAGUCCGGAAUUAAAUUUACGUUUUUUACAAAUGAAAUAUUAACAUGUGUUUGACAUUGAAUACUACCUGACCGGAUCUCUCACUAUCAAAUGGUAAAAAACCAGUGGCCACAAAAAUACCUUUUUGGGGAGUAAAUGUAGUAAGAUAAAAGUUUCUUAGAUUUUUAGAAGAAAUUUUUUAUAUAACCUGUGCGUAGGUUCUUUCUUAUAUUGUGGAUUGUUAUUAGUCUUUCUACCUGACUGCACUGAAAUAUAUUAUUUAUUUCACUUGUUUUUUGCGCUAUUUACAGGUUUCUUUUUUUUAUUUAACAGGGUAUUGUAUCUUUAUAUUAGAAAAAGCGGUUAAAUGAAUCAGAUUAAGCUGUAGACAGCAAUCAUCUAAAAUAUUAAGGGAUUUGAUUCAAAUAAUUGCAAGCUAAAACUAAUUGAUUGCUAACGAAAUUAGAUUAAAUUGAACCAAAUUUAUGACCUGUAAACAGCCCACUAUAGAAAAAAAAUAUAAUAUAAACGAAAGUAUAUUUAGAAAUGAUUAGUGUAAAAUCGAUAUAUUUUAUUAAUUUAAGAAUUGUUGGUAUAUUUAUUAGACUUUAUUUAUAAUUUACAUUUUUUCCUAUACGAUAUUUGAAUAAUUAAGGUAAAAUCCAGAGCUCAAGGUUAAGUUAUACAGUAUUUAACAAAAAAGAAAGCAUAUAGGAACAUAGCACGUUUAUGUAAAUAGUUUUCUUUUUAAAUAACAUAACUUCUGUAAUUUUGAACCUUUGUUGUCUUCAUGUAAAAUAAUUAUUAUACUUUUUUUUUAAUUUCAAAAAUACAGAAGUUAUAAAAUAUUAUUGCCUAUAUUAUAUGACAUGUAAGAUAACACUAAGGAAUGUUGUAUAGGGUGACUUUUUUAAGUGUGUAUACUAUUGUUUUUAUUUUUAAUCAGGUUAGAAGGAAUAUUUUUUUGCAAAUUAAAGAAUAAAUGAUUUAUUAAUAAGAAAAAGUAGCUGUAAGCUAGAGAUGGUGGUAAAGUGUUUAGUGAAAACAACCAUUCGUUAGAAAAAUCAUGUAUGAUGAGUGCAAAAGAGUGUUAACAUCGCUAAAUAUCAACAACCAAAUGUACACUACUAAAUUGAUAAUAUUUUUGGUUAGCAGAGGAAAAUACAAGACCUAUGAUCGAUAAACACUUUAGACAAAAGUUUAGAAAAAAUAUAUUUUUUUAAAUUAGAAGAAGCUAAAUUAAACAUUUUGUUGAAAAGCUCUUUGACCUAAGCCUUCAUUAUAAAUACAGUAGACACUCAAUACCGUGAACUCAAAAAAACAAAGGUUAAUCACAUUAUCGAUUUAUUCACGUUAACGAAGGUUACACUUUAUGUGUACUAAACAUUUAUAAUUACCAAAAGUAACAGAAACAAAACGUAAUUAACUUAACAUAAAGUUCAUAUACUUACUUAAAAAUAUUAUUUACUGUAAAGAAAAAAAGAUACAACAAAUUUCAAACUUUAAGAAAUUAGUUUUUCUUAAAGAAGUCUGAAAUUUUUGUUUCUUUUUUAGGUUGUUUUACUUUUAACAUCACAGCUUUCCCUCUUAAUUUUUUUAAGACUACAAGGUCAUUUAUGUCAAUUUCAUUUUCCUCUGCUGCCCACAGAAUCGCUAUAUUAAAGGCAUUAAUUGCCUUAUCUAAUGAAAUUUUAUUUGAGGGUUCCUGCUCAACCUCAUUUAAUACUUCUGCUUCAUCCGAUUGACAUUCUUCAAUGUCGUCCUCUGCAAAAUUAUUGUCACACUGAUUCCACUCUACAAUGUCAGAAUCUUCAAAAGUUCCCUAAAAAAAAAUUGUAAUCCAAAUUAAGACUUAAUAUUCAGAUAUAAAAUCACAAAAUUUACCUGAGGUGUCAAUGUAUGUAAAAGACCAAGAGAUUCAGAUAUGGGUCUCUAAGCAGUGCUGUCCCAUUGGUGUUUUAGUAGAGAAAGAGGUACAUUUUCAUCAUCACUGUCUACAUCAUGUGUAGAGGGCACCACAUUUAAAAUGUUUUUCCAACAUUUUUUUAUAACUUGAGAAUCAAGAUGAUUCCAAGCAAACAUUAAAUUGAUCACUGCAUCUUUUAUUGUCAGGUUUUUUAGGGCAUCAAUGACUUUCGUAUUGUUGGCCACUAUGGAUGAUAGAAGACCUUUUCUGUAGUACAAUUUUGUUAGCCUAAUAACAUUUUGAUCCAUAGGCUGUAUGAGUAGGGUGACAUUAGGUGGCAGGUACAUGGUUAUAAUUUGUCCAUCUUCACUUUUUAAUUCUUCUUCGGUUGGAUGCGAUGGUACAUUAUCCAGAAGAAGUAGAGCUUUCAAUGGCAGACCUUUAUUUUUUAAGAACCUCUUAACCUUCAAAAAAUUUAAUAUGGUUGUACUAAUCAUAAAACAAAACUAUAGAUAAGGAAAACUUACCUGUGGUACAAACGAAUAAUGAAACCAUUUUUUUUUUAAUUGCGGCAGUCAUCCAAGCUGAUUUUGAAUGUUCAUAGUCAACAGGACACUCGAAAUUUUUAAACGAUCUUGGUUUUGCCGCUUUACCAAUCACCAAUGGUUUAAUUUUAUGGAGCCCAGUAGCAUUAGUGCAAGCCAAAAAUGUUAUUCUUUGUUUCUCCAAUUUUCUACCAGGAGCUGUUUUUUCUGUUGACAAGACAAAUGCUUUUUCUGGUCCUGUCUCAUCAGCAUUGUAAACUUGAUCCAAUAAGAUUCCAAGCUCUGCUAUUUUAUUUUUUAGAGCCAUUUUAAAUGGGUCUACAAGCUCUGGCUGAGAUGACAGUUUUUCCCUAGAAAUUUUUGAAAAAACGAAUUCCAAAUCUUUUUUUGAAUCUUUGUAACCAUCCCUCACUAGCGGUAAAUGAUUUAUCCCUUUCAUUGAGCUGUGAAUAAAUGAAUUUUGCUUUUUCUUUAAUCAUGUCGCCACUUACCAUUAAAUGUUUAUUCCGUUGGUCAAGAAACCACUUGUACAGUCUUUUUUCCAUUCUUGGAAACUGGGAACCCUUUAGGGUUUGUCUUUUACCUGGUCCGUGUAUACAUAGUGGUUUACAUACGUGUUUCUAACAGCACUAGAAAUCAGUUCCUUUUUCUUUUUAUUUUGCAAAUUGUAGAUUUUCCCACACCAUACUUUUUCGCUAAAUAUGUAACACCUUGUCCAUUAUUUAAGUCUUGAAUUACAAGAGAUUUUUCAUAGAGGGUUAAACACUGGUUUUUUAAUUUACACAUUUUGUUUAAUUUCUAAACGAUCUAACACCAACACAAUUUAAGUCACACUAAUAAAAAUCACUAAACUUCAAAACCACACUAACAGACAACGUAAAUAAACGAUAACAACCUGCCUUGCUUAACACACAAUAGAUUCAUGGCGCCUAUCGAUUCGAAGAACGCCAAAAACAGCAUAUCGGGGAAGCACCGGCUGCUUUCGCCUACGUUACUGGCGAACUAUCGAUCCAAUUACAUUUGCCCCAAUUGAACCAAUUACCAUUAAUGGGGGAUCGUUUGUUCACGGUAUACGGUGGUCAAUGCAUAAAAUAGUGCUGUUUCCGUUAUGCGGGAUUUCCGGUAUCCGAUAUUCACACUAUCGAGUGUCUACUGUAAUUCUAUUCGUAAUUAUUCACUGAUUAGUGAUCUCAAAAGUGCUCGAUUGGAUUGCGAUAAUUAAAUUAAUACUUUACUCUAAGACCCAUAUUUUUACUAAAUGGGCUGAGGGUUUUAUAAUUUAAAACAACAGUAUUAUGUUUAUUUUUAUGUUAUUUGAGCGUUGGACUAAUUUUGGCAUAUCAGUAGUUUUUUUAGAAAGAUCUGUUAACUUACAAUUCUUUUAAUACGACAUUGGUGAGAAAAUUGAUGAUAAAUUAGAAAAUUUUCCAUUUUAUUUAUAUUCCAUAUUUCUUGGUUGCGAAAAUCAAUGUAUUACCUUGCAAUAGAGUUUUGACCCAUAUUAAAGGCAUUGAAGAGAAAUCCGAGACGUGCAUUGUCGUUCUCUCUUUACCUUAGAAUCAAAUCAAUCAAUUACCUGUUGAUCCAAGAAAUAAAUUCGCCAGUCCUACAUACAUUUAUCCAAAGCAUUAACUAUAAAUGCAGGGAAGAAAGUACUGUGUAUAACUCAAAAUUAAACCUAUGACAAUGUUCAAUACCUUUACAAAUAGAUUUAAAAAAACCGGGUCAAUUAGAUUUUUCAAUACUGUUAUCUAUUCAAUACUCAGUCUUGAAUAGAUAACAGUCAAUCCUGAGAGCCAGAUUUGGAGACUACGCAGGGUGGUUAAGCAGUUAGAUGCGCAAUUCGUUUAAUUUGACGACGAAAUUUUUGCAACGACGUUUUUUUUUUGUAUUUAAUAACUUUUUUCUUUGUUUUUUAUUCAAUCGAUUAAAUUACGAUGAAAUCCAUUUAAACUUUGACAAAUAUUUUCUCAAGGUUGAAUUAUACCUUUUCUUAUCUUAGUAUCAUCUUAAGUUAACAUUUUACUAGAUUUUAAGUACAAAAAAUUUAGUUGGUUACAAAUAUUGGUUAUUUCUUUUAUACUAGAAAAUAAUAUCCAUUUAAAUUUGGUUAAAAUACUGCUUUAUUACGCACCGGAUUUUAGUUGAUAUUAUUUUCGAAAACGAGAUGUCUGGUUUUUGUCGUUCAAGGAAGUAAUUUGUUAUAUUGGCGUUGCCCGUUAUACCAAUUCUACACAUAACUAGCUUUUCCUUUUAAUAAAAAAAAAAUUCUACGAAUACCGCAGCUCUUCUUGUUGAUAUUAUUUUUAUUUUUACAUGCGUGCACUUUAUUAUAAUUUUUUUAACGUUAUUUAGUUAAUACUAAUUAAUUUAUUUGUAUAAAACCAUUGUUUUUUAACCCGUAUAUUUAUUUACAAAAGUCAUAUUACUAAACGUAUGAUCUUAUAUACUUUGAAUUUAGACAUAGAAAAUAUUAAAUUAGUUAUACACUUAAAAACGACAUCUUAUAUAAUAUCUAUUAUAAGCAAUACACAUACUUUUAGCAAAAAAUAUAGAACGGAGAGGCGAUGUUCCGUAUUUUUUAAGUGAUAGCUACCUAGUGCUCUUCCUGAAUGUCUUACGCUAAUUCACAUUUUAAAAUGUAAAGGUCUAAAAUAAUAACUAUUUUUAGAUAAUGGUGUUCGUGCCGUGUAGCUGUUUUUUUAAAUGAUUUUUUAUGAUUUGAAAUGUGAUCAAGUAGAUUAUUACAAAAAUUGAUAAUGGAGAAAUACAUUUUGGAUAAUUUACACAAAUUUCCCAAAUUUGAUUUUGAAAUGAUUUUCGUUUGCAUCUUAACAAAAGAGUCAAACGUCGCUACAGGUUUAAACUGCUACAACAGUUUGAUUGUACGAGUGACAUUUUUUGUAAGACGGAUUUGCAAAAAGACGUUGAAAGUAUAAACUUAAAACAUCUGAAUCUGUUCAAUUUUCAUUGCUACCAUUGUAUGGUAUUUAUAAUUCGGAUGUGGAGUAUUUUUGAAAUUACAUCACAAUAUUUUACCAGCCGCGUCUAUAGAUAAAAAAAAUCACACACUUUAUACAAGUAUAAUAGCUGUGUCAAGAACCCUCACUUACUAGUAAGUAAUCAAUACUAAUAAAAAAAAUAAUUUCUUAUGUAAAUACAUAUCAGUACCCCAGUGCCAAACUACGUUAAGUCAAAAAUUGCCAUUUGUCAGGAGAGCCAUGUUAAGUUGUUUUGUGACUUUAUUUUACCAUACAUCUGUAACUAUUUAAGCAAUUUUUUCCAAAUUUCACACAAAUGUUAAAAAAAAUAUUAUCUAUUUAAAUUUGUUUUGAUUUUUGCCUUAUUUUUUUUGUUUUUUUGUUAAGUGACAACGUUAUAUGCCCCAUAGAAAAAACAAUGGUUUUUGACUUAACACUAAUAUUAAGUCGAAACAGUGAAACAAAACUCAAACCAAACCAUGUAAAUUUUACUUUUUUUUUCAAGUUAUAUUAUAAAAUAGAAAAUUAUUAGAGUAGGACUUAAAUGUCUGUAGGAAACAACACAAAUUAUAAAGUUUACUCCGAGUCACCAUCUUCUUCCUGUACUGUAUUACUGUGUCUAAGGGUCCUGUAGUACUCGUGAAAUUGAUUUGGUAUCCAUGGAAGUAAUUUUUGUAGAUGAUCAUAUUUUUUUUUAGAACUCGGAUUUGGACCAUUUUUUAGGCAAGGUAAUUUGCUUGGGAAGAUAUUUUUAUCCUAGUUUUUCGGUUUAAAUCGACUUCUAAAAAUGCUGAACCAAAACUGUUUUUAUAGUACAAAAUCCCCGGUUUUCCCUGUCUUACUUGCAUUUGCACUACUUUUGAAAUAAGAAAAUCCUCCCUAGAUGAAUUUUUUUUAUUCAAACGAAAUGGAGCAGAGAAACCUUCAUACAAGGAAGUUUAGAAAAUCGAAGGAUUGCAUUCCAACAACAUUGAAUUUUUUUUUUGUACCACAAAGACGGACCAUUUGUUGCCAAUCCCAAGGAGUAAUAAUUUUGAAUUGCGGAACUUUUUUUCUUUUCCUUUCAAUGAUCGAGUGAUCACUGUCCGCUUCCUUGCAGUUGAAUUUUUAGCUUAUCACAAAGGUCACAAGUAUCAUUUGCGGGCAAUUUAAACGAGUAGUUAAACUCAAAAUUAAAAAUUUCACUGUAAAGCCACUCUUUACCUAUUUAUUUGAUGGCAAGUUCAUAUCAUUACAAUCUUCAACAUACAACGCAUACAUUCUAGAUAAAUUAAGGUGAUUUCCUAGAUAUUUUUUUCGGUUCUUUUUCUGGAGUAGUGGGAGGUGUAAGUGGGAAAUUUUACAAUAUGAUUGCGUAUACCUUGGCGAACGUCUUCUGGGAUUUUAUUACUUGGAAUAUGAUGUCCUCUUUUAUGUGGAGAAAUCAUGCCCCCACAUCUCUUUUUAUUUAAUGCAGUAUCAACAGUUUGUUGAUACUGCAUUAGACACAGCAAGUGUAUCUAAAAAGAAUUUUUUUGCAUACUGCGAUGCGUUCAUUGUUUUCCUCAAAAAAAUAAUUGUUUGUAUGCUGCCUUUUACCCUCGCGAAAAUUAUUUCUUGCCCGUCUGGUUUUAACCGGUACUUUUUGAAUGUGAGAUGCAAUAAACUGUCUUCGCAUAUCAAUUGUUUGUUUUUCGUUCCAAAAGGAUCUUAAAAUAGUCUUACGAAUUUCUUCAUUUAUUCGGUUUUUGCAUUUCAAUUUACAUGUUUCACCACAUGCAGGUCCUAAAGUUUUUUCUUUAAUAGUUCUUUCUAAACGGUUACAUAUUCUACUCCUGAUAGUCGUUUUCGCUUUUGAAUAUUUUUUUCCCAAAGAUGUUUAUUUGGUCUCUUCUUUUUUGUUCUUUUUUCAUUUAGAUUUUCCGUAUUUUCUUCAUUUUCGUUUUCGGUAUCGCUGCUUAUUUCAUUGUCAACAUCACUUUCGAAAUUUGGGUCAAUAACACUGUCGUUUUUUGAGCUAGAAGAUACAAAAACUUUUUUUUUUAUUCUUUGAGCUCUAACUUUCCUAGUCUCCGAGUUACUUGGUGAUAGUGAUGCAUCAUUUCCAUUAGAAUAACUGCAUUCAGGUAUAUUAAAAUCCUGUUUAGGAUGAUGGACGAUGGUUUGAUUAGUAAAUGUGUCGUCAUUUUGUAUCUGCCCACCAGAAAAAAAAUCUCUUAAUUUUUCCUGUCGUAGGUCCUGGUUUUUUUCUUGAAGUACAGGUUUUGGACAGGUCGCCUUGAACUGAUCCUUUUCUUUGAACGGCUCCAAAACUUGUAUCGGUUUUGUUGAGACCUCUGCAAAACAUAAAAAUUGUAUCAGAUAGUUUUAAAAAAUAAAAAAAAAUAUCGAACCUACUAUUGUUUUAGUUUAAAAACUAACCUCUAUAAGUUUUUGUUUUAAUAAACGAAUACAAAGUAUAAGUAACGGGUGAAUUUCUACCCUUAAAAUUUACUGUAUUAGACAGACUUUAUGAAAAAAACAUUAGCGAAAAGGAUAUUAAGUCAUGACUAAAAUUUGUAUAAAAAAAAGCCAAAACUAUGUUAAGUCAGUAAAAAAGCAAUACACAAAAAUACAAGCUUUGAAUUUAUAAUCGUGUGUCAGUCAGAAUGCUGCUUGAGUUCAAAUCAGUAGUUUCACUGCAAGUUUUGGCCUGUCCUGCAUUUCCUUAAAAGUAAAAAUGUACCCUAUAAAACUCUAUAAACACUAUUAAGUCAGUAAAAAGGAUAGUGCCAAACAAUGUUAAGUCAGUUUCUACUUAAUAAUAAAUUAAAAUGAGGCUUUUAGUACGUGCGUAAUGUUACUUUUCAUUCAUAUUUCUUUUUAGGAAACUAGCAGAAUUAAUAUAAUACGUUAUUUAGUACAUUUGUUAAUAUAAUUUUGGCCUAAAUUUUAUUUUAUUGUAUUAUAGAUACUAAAAAAAAUCAUACUUACCAAAACCUUGCAUUUUCUUCUCUAAAACUUUUUCUGGAACACACUUUGAUAACAUUUUCAGGGUUAGUAGAAUUCAUUUUUUACACAUUGGGCAAGCUAUUUAAGGAGCAAAUUUAAAAACAGUGCGUACACUUUAACUGGCUGAAUAAAACUGUUUACAACUUGUAUGUAACUUAACAAUGUUGCCAACUUUGUUAAGCCAAAGAAUUUUAAGGCACUUAAUAUAAUGUGGAUUGAUAUUUUCUAAAAGGAAAACUAUUUUAAGUAGACUUAAUUGGAUUUGGCCUUUGUUAAACUGUGGACUUAAUUUAGUUUGAAAAUUUCUAACUCUGUAACGGAAAAUGCUAUCAAGUGGUAAAAAAUUGCUAUGUAUAGAUGACCUAACAUUUAAAAAUUUGGCGUGAUAAUCGCAAAAACGCCAAAUUGUGACUUAACAUACUUUGGCUCUGAGGUACAGAUAUGUUAGUUCUUUUUGAUUUUAGCACCAAAAUAAUUUAAAAAACUGCAAGAAAAAAAAAGUUGAUAUUUUAUUCUAAGAUAAGUAAUUAAUAAAAUAAGUUGAUAAUUACAACCAGGCGUUUCAAAAAUAUUACUUAACCGUCUUCUAUAUAUUCCAUGACCUGUAAAUUAAAAACGAUACACUUCUCGACAUAACUAUAUGAAAUUUUUAUCUUAUUUUUAGCUAAAGAUGAAUCUGGUAAAAUAUCGCGACAUAAUUUCAAAAUACCCUGUAAAUUAUAAUUAAACAAAAAAAAAAUGAUACCAUCGAAAUGCUUGUCUUUUCAAUGUCUUUCCAUUUAAUUAUUGUUUUCAUAGUAAUAAUAUUUUUGUGAUAAUCCUAAUCCCGUUUCACAUCAUUUAAUUGUAAAUUUUAUUUCAAUUAUUAUGGUUUUUCCUAGUAUUUUGUUUACUAUACCUGAAGAGUAAUUAUUUGUUGUAAAUUCUUCACGGAUUAUUAAAUGACAUGGGAAAAUUAUAGACUUUCUGCAUGAAAAAAAGAAGAAAGAAAGUUCAUUUUAAUGCGACAGUGCUGUCUUAAAUUCUUUCGUUGUUAUGAAACAUGUUUUAGUUUUUGUUAGACAAACUUCAAUUUAGCAUUAUCAGUAUAAUUUUAGAAUAAUUCCUCUUUAGCAGAUAAAACAUGCUUUUGAUAAACUUCGGGAGUCAUCCGUGUUAUUAUUUGUAGUUGAAGUUUCACAGGAUGAAUCUUUCUGUAAAUUGUCGAUGUUUUGCUACGAUUUUAAUUCGUACUUGUUAAAAGGGAAUUUAUUUUGUGGAAAAUUUAUUAAAUGAUUAAUAGGCCUAUAAAUAGGAAGUAUAAAAUUAAUUUUUAUAGGUCUUUUGACGGAGUUAUUGAUUUUAAUUAGAAUUUACAGUAAGUAUUGCUUUGGUUUAGCAAACAAGUGUUAUUCUCAGAUAUUAUUAUCAGGUUAAAUUUUGUAGUAAAAACUACUAAUACUAUUUAAAAUACAGGAAGAUUUUAUUUCAAUAUAAUUACUACAUACAACAAUUAAUAAAAUGAAUGCUUAAAAUAUGAAGUAUUUUCACCAAAUAACUACUCUUCGCAUAUGGUAUAAAAUUUAUUGAAUAUUUCUUAGUUCCACAUUAGUGUAGAGCCUUUUAUCGUAGUCAAAAACUAAUGGUAUUUAAACUAGAUUAGUCCUAAUUAUCUUUGUUUAAAACCAUUUAAGGUAUGUGUAUAAAGGCUGUGUUUUUUAAACAAACUUCGUAUCUUGGUGUCGCAUCAUUAUAGUUAUUUUUAUCAACUGGUAAUAAUAUAGUUUUUAGAAACCAUCUGUCUAUAUUGGUUUGUUAUACAACUUUUAAAUAUACAUCGCACUUAAUAUGUAUCUUAAAUGUAAAUAUUGUUCUUUUACAAGUUAAGUGAGUAAAUUGAUACGAGGACAGAUUGCGGGUUAUGGUUUUUGGAGUACUUUGUAAGCAUGUUUUAUCAAUUUUGUGAAAUAAGCGCCGGAUCUACAUACUGUAGUUAAAAAUAUAAAAGUUGCUUUUUAAAAAGUUUCUAGCAUUAGAAUUUGUGCCCGCUUUAUCCAUUUGUUAGUGAAGUUUUUCGUAUAGUUCCAUUUAUAUCUAAAUCCAUUUUAAUCUUUAUUUAGCUACAUCUUUAACAUUGCAAUUUUCCAAUGUUUUUCUUUCGUGGCUAUUUUUCCUUUUUCAGUUAUUACUUUGUUUAUGAAAUGUAAAGAAUUCUUUAAAAAAAUAUAUUUUGAUAAAGCUUUAAAAGCCGUAAUUUGUACAGGAAUGAAUAUUUUCACCCUUGUUUCGGAAUAACAUAAAUUAAGGACACUGGAUUUGAUACCUUUCAAAUCAAUAAUGCAUUCGGUUUUUACUGUUACACCAUGGCGCCAUUUAACAGCUUAACAGCAAUACUUUAAAACGUGUACUAAGGUUUCUGGAAUCGAAAAGGUAACAUAAAUUAAUUGGAAAAAACUAAAUUGGUAGUCAAUUGCCACAUGUGCGGAAAUAAAACUUAAAAUUAUAGGUUUUAUUAAUGUCUCAAGUUAUUAACCAUAGGAUCGUUUUCAUCAAGUGUUUUCAUCUGUAUAUUAAAAAAGUGGUUUACAUAUACUAAUACUAUUGAAUAGAGAUUGUUUAGUUCUAGUUUCAUUGGUUAAUAUCUUCUUGGUAACACAAUAUUACAGUUGUUCAAGUUAUGUUUUAAGUGAAUACAAAAUUUUCAGUUUUUUUCCUUAAUAGAUCGUUUAUUCAAUAGGAUGCCAUUCCGAUUUCGGUUACCACAAUGAGUACAUCAAUUAUAUUAUAAUUUAUUCAUCGGCAAACGCGAGUAUUCAUGUAAUCAACAAGGUAAAGUUAUGUAGGUACGGAAGUUUUGUCAAUUAUAAAAUUGAUUUUACUUGCAUUAACUACAGGAACAAUUUUCACAUAAAGUGAGUAUAUCUUUCCCUGUCUUGCUAGUUCUUUAUCAGGUUUUUUUCUUGUUGUGUGCGUUCUUUUAUCUCCAAACGUCUUUGAAAACGAGUUGUUUUUUGUUUUAAAUCUGCAACAAAUAUUGCAGCUAUCUUUUUGUGGUUAAAUUCAAAUUAGAAGAUAAAUUAGCCACUGCAAACCAGAGUGUGGCUUGAAAUUAGAUUAGAACACCAAUUCUUAACGCGAUAAUUCGUAAAUUUUUUAUAAAGAGUGUUCUUUUAUUUAAAAAAAAAUUAAAUAAUUAACUCAAAUAAAUAAACUCAAUAAUUUGUCUUUUUGAUAGUGUAUUAACUCUAUUCUUGAUUUUUUAAAUCGUGACUCUUAUCCUCAUAACUAAAUGCCCCUAGAAACUGUUAAAUUAUCCGCUGUUUGUAAAUAAUUAAAGGUCCCAGGUCGUCGUAAAUUUUUAAGCACGGAAUUUCACUUUUUAUCCUUUUGUUUGCAGUAUAUGUUAAUUUCCUUACCCAUACUUAUUCUAAGCUUAUACUAUUGAUUUUCUAGUUUUUUUUUGUUGACCCAAAGUCUUUAAGAACAUUAGUCUACCAAAAAAAUCUAGAAUAAAUUAGACAUUUUUCUAUUGAGAUACCGUGAAAUUUGUACGUUGAAAUUUGUACGUUUCUUGUAAUAUAAUGUUUUUUUUUUUGAAUGCACUCACUUGUAAACCUAUCGGUGCUAAUUUAUGAAUCCGUGAAUUUAUUUUUAUAGUUUAUUCACUAGAGACUAACAUUAGCUAUAUUUAUAUUAUAUUGGGGCCAAUAUUCAGAAAAUUAUUUGAAAACAGUCGAAAUGAAGCUAGAAAAUUAAAAGCAUAAAACUAAAAGAAAACAAUUAAAAUAUAAAAUAAUGAAGAUAUGACAUCUUCAUAUCUGUUAUAUUAACGAUAAAAUGCGCUUACAAAUCGGAAGGUAUAAAUAGCAAUAUAUUCAUGUAGAAAAAAUAUUUAUAUGAUUUUUAUAAAGGUGCUUAAUUUGUAUUUCUAUCUCUAUUAUAUUUUAAACUAUGUGCCAAAUUAACGCAGUCACUAAUCUCGUUGGAUGUUAAUGAUGAGUUCUUCACUUCAACUUUUUAUAACCCAGAAUUGCGUAAAAUAAGUUAUCAAUAUCCAUACAGAUUAUUGACUGAUUUAACAAAUUUAUGCUGUAAAUUUCUAAAAUGGCAUAUGCCUGCCAGCUAUUUUAGCUCCGUCUUCCAAUUUAAUUAUUAAGGAGUAAAGUGAUAUAUAAAGAAAAUAUUUUAUAAAAAUUGUAAAAAUUUGUAAGGCUACUCGAAAUGGAUUUUAAACAUGUAUAUUGUGCAAGCUUUCAGAAUGUGAUAAAAGAAUAAUAUUUAGUUUUUUUUUGUAGAUAAGCAUUCAUAAUAACAUCUUUUUAUUAAAAAAAAAAAAAAAACAUUGUUAUCAUUUUGUAUAAUGUUCACUGGGCAUUUUGUAGAACCACUCGGCGUGUAAUCGUAAUUCAUGUCAACGUAAAUUCAUUAAAUCAAAAUGGCAAUAAUGAAUACUGUAUAUUGUUUUAUAUUAUUUUUAUUGUUAUCAAUACAUAGUGAUAUUGUAAAAUAAAGAGAUUUUCUUCAGUAAAA